AUGAGAGCAGAACAUGACUCCUACCAUGCUAAGGAGGGACCAGAGCGCACAAAAAUCCGGGACAGGGUGAAUACUCUUAAGACGACCCCAGUGGGGAGAAAACACUUCCCUGAGGAAUCGCAUCGGGAUAGUCUUGAGGAAGGGAAGCUUCUGUCAGGUGAAGGUCGUUGGAUGGCAAACAUAGAGGUACAAGGCCGUGCGUGGCUUUCUGACAAGUACCCUAAUGGCUACACUGAACGUGGCCAAAGAACACAUGUCGAUCAGACGAACGAGAAAAUGAGAAAUGCUGCAGCCUAUGGAGCCGAUAUGAGGGAGUUUGAUACUAAAUUGCCGGCAUGGAACAGACAGAGGCAGAAGCGAGGGCUUUGA